AGCUGCGUCGCUUCCUCUCGAGUGCAACAGGGACACAAGGCAACAAACACAAUCUCGCCCAAUCUAGCUCACUCCGAAAGAUCAAACGCCCCACCUAAAACACCAUUAAAGAAACGCGCACAGACACAAAAAAAAAACUCUCUCCGUUCCUCUUCACACCAAAGCACGGGAGGCGAAGAAGAGGACAAGGGGCGGAAGGCUGCAAACCCUAGCGCUGGGUCGAAGCAACGUCGUGCGCCAGCCACAGGCGCCAGACCCGCGCGCACCUGCAUUCGCGAUUCCUUUACCUUCACGCCGCGGCAACUCCGCAUUGUGUUGUGCCGUGCUUUGUGCCAGGACGGGGAUCCAUGGCGUUGUCGGCGCGACGAGGCUCGUGGUGGUAGGGCCGCGCGGGUGCCGGAUCCGGGAGACGCGGCAUGGCGCUCUUCCGCAAGUUCUUCUACCGCAAGCCGCCCGAUGGGCUCCUUGAGAUCACCGAACGCGUCUAUGUGUUCGAUUCUUGCUUCACAACUGAUGUCUUCGAUGAUGAUAAAUACCGGGAUUAUAUUGGUGACAUUGUUGCACAACUUCAGAGCCACUUCGCUGAUGCUUCAUUUAUGGUCUUCAACUUUCGGGAUGGAGACAGUCAAAGUUUACUGGCGAAUAUAUUAUCAAGUUAUGAUAUGGUAGUUAUGGACUACCCCAGACAAUACGAGGGAUGCCCUCUCCUUACAAUAGAAAUGAUUCAUCAUUACUUGAGGUCAGGGGAGAGUUGGCUCUCUCUGGGCCAGCAAAAUGUCCUAAUAAUGCAUUGUGAGCGUGGUGGCUGGGCUGUACUUGCAUUCAUGUUAGCAGGACUGCUGUUGUAUAGAAAGCAGUUCAUUGGUGAGCAGAGGACACUGGAAAUGAUUUACAGGCAAGCUCCUCAUGAACUGGUUCAGUUGUGGUCACCAUUGAAUCCUAUGCCUUCUCAGAUAAGAUACUUACAUUACAUAUCUCGGAGGAACGUGAGUUCAGAGUGGCCACCUCAGGACCGGGCCCUUACUUUAGACUGUGUUAUACUAAGAAACAUUCCAGGCUUCAAUGAAGAGGGAGGAUGUAGACCAAUAUUCCGUAUUUAUGGACAGGAUCCUUUACCUGCUACAAAUAACACACCUAAGGUGCUGUUUGCAACACCAAAAAGGAGCAAAUAUGUUAGGCUUUACAAGAAGGCAGACUGUGAACUGAUUAAGAUUGACAUCCAUUGCCAUAUUCAAGGUGAUGUUGUCCUUGAAUGCAUUAGCAUUGAUGUUGAUCAAGAACGAGAAGAGAUGAUGUUCCGAGUCAUGUUCAAUACAGCCUUUAUCAGAUCUAACAUUCUGAUGUUAAACCGUGAUGAAAUCGAUAUAUUGUGGGAUGCCAAAGAUCGAUUCCCGAAGGAAUUCAGAGCUGAGGUUCUUCUUUCAGAAAUGGACACUGCCAAUCAGUUAGGUCCCAUGGAGGUGGCAGGUAUAGGAGAGAAGGGGGGUUUACCAGUUGAAGCAUUUGCAAAGGUUCAAGAGAUGUUCAGCAAUGUGGACUGGCUAGAUCCAACUGGGGAUGCUGCAGUCCAGCUUUUCCAGCGACUUACUUCAUCAGAAAAUAUUCAGCUGAGGCAAGGAUUCUUGUCCCCAAGUAAGAAAGAAGCAGAAUCGUUAGAGCUUGGUUCAAUCUCUCCAAUAGACAAGCAUUUUGACAAUGUUCAACAAGAACCAAGCAAAGUUGAACACCCCACAGUCUAUGUGAACAAACUGGAAAAUGUUGGCCAAGAGAGAUUGGUCUUGUUGGAGCAAACCACUAAUUCUGAAGUUAAAACUGGAAUUUCUGUUGUCCAAGAAAAUCCUGGCUCUCUAGUUCACAAGGUUGACAGUAACGCAAAACAGUCAAUUUCACUGGAAAAGGCUGUUCCCUCUACCAUGAAAUCUAUUGAUCCAGUUCUUAAGGAUCAAAAUGCUAAACUUGAUGAGCAACAUGGUUCAGGCCAACACUCUUUUCCCACUAUAAUUAUGUCACAGCGAUUUCCAAUUUCUAGUUCAUGCCCUGCUCUUUCUGGCUACUCCAGUCCUAGAUUACUUUCAGCUUGUCCAAGAUUUAAUAGUGCACCUUCAGCCCUUGGAAUUACAGCUCUGUUGGAAGACCAUGCUGGAAGUGCUGAGAAUCGUUGUGGUUCAACUACUUUGACCUUUGACACAACAGGUACUCCUGUUGUAACAAAGGGUAUGCCACUGCUACGCCCUCCACCAUCGCCACUAGAUUUGCUGGUAUCAGAUUCUACUAUGAUGUCAGAAGCAAAAGGCUCAUCCCAACCUACCCUCAACAAUUCAGGCCUUCCAUCUCAUCCAGAGAGACAAUUGACAUUUCAGUCACUUGGAACUACUACUCCGGCCACAAAUCAUCAGAAAUCCUCAACUACUGUCACAAUUGAAUUGUUGCCAACUUCUGCUCCACCCCCACCCCCACUGCCCCCACCAUCAUCAGUUUUCAGUUCUAGGAUUUAUCAUCUGCCUCCAUCUCCAACUUCUUUCAGAUCUCCAGCGCCAGCUGCACCACAACCUCCACCUGUGCCACCCCCACCUCCACCUAUGCCUAGGCCUUUUCCUGUAAGGUCUCAUGCACCACAACCGCUGACCCCCCAACCACCUGCUUUGAGUUCAUCUCUUAUACUGUCAGGGACACCUCAAUCCCCACCUUCCCCACCGCCUUCUAGGUGCUCUCUCAGUAAACCUCCUGCACCACCACCACCACCACCACCACCUCCACUACUUGCUUCUACUUCAUCUACCAUUAGACCUGCUGCAUCACAUCUGCCUCUAUUUGCAUCUACUUCAUCUCCUGUUAGGCCUGCUGCACCCCCUCCACCGCCUGCCCCAACAUCAUCACCUAUUAGAGCUUCAGCAUUGCCUCCACCUCCACCACCUGGAACGAGCUCCAGUCCACGUCCACCCCCUCCACCAUGCUAUUCAUCAAAACAAUCAUCCAGCCCCAUGGGCAAAUCGAUGCCAUCACCUCCUGUUCCGCCACCACCCUCCCAUGGAGGACGCAAUGGAGCUUCUGGUAACAUUGUACCCCCGCCAGCACCCCCUGGCAGUAAUGCUAAACUGUUUGGUCCUCAGGGGCGUGGACCUGCACCUCCUUCAGGUCCAAUGUCAAAGAGCUUUCAAUCUGGCCAGGCUGUGUUGAGAAGGUCUAAUUUGAAGCCACUUCAUUGGGUGAAAGUAACAAGAGCAAUGCAUGGUAGUCUGUGGGCGGAGUCACAGAAGCCUGACGAAACUUUAAAAGCUCCUGUGUUUGAUAUGUCAGAAUUAGAAAAUCUUUUCUCAGCUGCACUGCCAAGUUCAGAUUCAAGGCGUUCAGAUAAGUCAGGCAGUCGUGCAUCUGGGUCGAAACCAGAGAAAAUUCAUCUUAUUGAUCUUCGCCGGGCUAACAAUUGUGGAAUCAUGCUUACCAAAGUCAAAAUGCCACUGCCUGACCUAAUGAGUGCAAUUCUGGCUCUGGAUGAUACUGUUCUGGAUGCUGACCAGGUGGAGAACCUUAUUAAGUUCACUCCAACUAAAGAUGAAAUUGAACUUCUAAAGGGUUACAAAGGAGACAAGCAAGUUCUUGGAGAAUGUGAGCAGUUCUUUAUGGAGCUUAUGAAAUUACCACGUGUAGAAUCUAAGCUGAGAGUUUUCUCAUUUAAGAUUCAAUUCCGUUCCCAGGUUUCUGACCUUAAGCGGAACCUGAACAUUGUUAAUUCUUCAGCAGAAGAGAUACGAGGUUCAGUCAAGUUGAAAAGGAUUAUGCAGACAAUUCUUUCUCUCGGAAAUGCAUUGAACCAAGGCACUGCUAGAGGUUCUGCUGUUGGUUUCAGGUUGGAUAGCUUGCUUAAACUUAGUGACACCCGUGCUCGUAACAAUAAGAUGACUUUAAUGCACUAUUUAUCUAAGGUGCUUUCUGAGAAACUUCCAGAACUUCUAGAUUUCCCGAAAGACUUGUCUAGCUUAGAGCUGGCAGCAAAGAUACAAUUGAAGUCUUUAGCAGAGGAAAUGCAGGCUGUCAACAAAGGACUCGAGAAAGUUGAGCAAGAGCUUACUACAUCUGAAAAUGAUGGUCCUGUGUCAGAGAUCUUCCGCAAGACACUGAAGGAUUUCCUCAUUGGUGCAGAAGCUGAAGUUAGGUCUUUGACUUCACUUUAUUCUAAUGUGGGCCGAAAUGCAGAUGCGUUAGCGCUUUAUUUUGGAGAAGAUCCAGCACGAUGUCCAUUUGAGCAAGUAGUUACAACACUCCAAAAUUUUGUGAGAUUGUUCACGCGUUCCCAUGAAGAGAACUGUAAGCAACUGGAUCUUGAAAAGAAGAAAGCUCUGAAGGAAGCAGAAGACAAUAGUAAACAACUGGACCUUGAAAAGAAGAAAACCCAGAAGGAAGCAGAAACAGAGAAAAUAAAGAAGAAAUCUGACAGUGAGAAAGCUUGUAAGAAAGAACUGGAAAAUGAUAAAUCUUCUAAGAAGGAUUCAGCAAAUGAGAAAGGCAAGCUUAACAAUCCCAUCAAAGAGCUAGAUAUAUCACUUCAAUCACCUGCACAAACUGCCAGUGCCAAAUGACGACCGUACCAGAUGAACUAACAGUAGCUUUUCCGAAAGAGGAAAACUAGUUUUGGCUGCUCCCAACAGUGCUUCCUUUUGACGAAUCAUGCAGGAUAAGGAAGCCGAAAACUGCACUUGUAAGCAUCAUAGAUUUUUUUUUCAAUUUAUAGAAAAAACAGAUUAGUUCUUGAUCAAUAAAGUAUAUAUUUCAGUCUUAGAUAAGUGCUAUUGUAUAGCCCAUUUCAUAGUAAUGUCUAUGUUCUGCAGUUAAUACGUUCUCAGGGGAUUGUCGAAGAAAUUAACCUGGCGACAAGCUGUACAGAUCUGACAUAAUAAUAGCCUUUUCUUUUGGGUAAUAAUAGAUUAUUCUUACAA